AUUUAGUGAUAGUGGCAGUCUAAGAUAUUUUAGUAAAGAUGAAACAAGUUGCUGUGAUUUUUGUUUUGUUUGUUUUUCUUCACUGUGUGUGGACACGCAAUACUCCACCACCAGGAAGUACAUUUCCUCCAGGAGGUAUCGAUUGGCAAAACUGCACCAAACCCAACGAAUACUACAACUGUGGCAGCCCAUGUCAAAGAGAAUGCAAAACUUUAAAUCAACCUUGUUUGAUUGCCUCCUUCAGAUGUGUUGACGCUUGUUAUUGCAUCAAAGAUUAUGCUAGGGAUGACAACCAAAACUGUAUUCCGGAGAAGGACUGUAAUAAAUAAGUUUUUUGGUUUUUUGUAAAAUAAACAGAUUAUUAGCUAA